UCAAAGAAACGGCAAGGCAAGCUUCCUUUUCUGUAGGCAUAAUUAUCGUCCCCCUUCACCAUGGCCCACCUAGGGGCCCAUUUCGCAUUUAGGUCUCGCUGGCAGAAGACGGACGAUGAACUCUGUCGACACAGCAUGUCCUUCAUCCUUCAUAAAGCCAUUCGCAAUGACUUCUUUCAGAGCUAUCUGUACCUGCUGGAAAAAAUUCCCCUGGUGAAAUUGUAUGCCUUAACAAGUCAAGUCAUCAAUGGCGAGAUGCAGUUUUAUGCAAGAGCUAAGCUUUUCUACCAGGAAGUACCGGCCACAGAAGAGGGUAUGAUGGGAAAUUUCAUUGAACUGUCCAGCCCAGAUAUUCAAGCCUCUCAGGAAUUUCUUAGGAAAUUCAUUGGGGGUUCCGGGAGAGCUGGAACGGACUGCGCCUUGGACUGCGGCUCUGGGAUAGGAAGGGUGAGCAAGCAUGUCUUGUUGCCGGUUUUCAACAGUGUGGAACUGGUGGACAUGAUGGAAUCUUUCCUCCUUGAAGCCCAGAACUACCUUCAGGUUGCAGGAGACAAGGUAGAGAGCUACCACUGCUACAGCCUGCAGGAAUUCACACCCCCGUUUGGGAGAUACGAUGUCAUCUGGAUUCAGUGGGUCUCCGGGCACCUGACUGAUAAGGACCUUCUUGCAUUUCUUUCCCGGUGCCGAGAUGGCUUGAAAGAAAAUGGUGUCAUCAUUCUGAAGGACAAUGUGGCACGGGAGGGCUGUGUCUUCGAUCUCUCUGACAGCAGUGUGACCCGGGACAUGGACAUCCUCCGGAGCCUCAUUAGGAAGAGUGGGCUGGUGGUGCUGAGCCAGGAGAAGCAGGAGGGCUUCCCAGAGCAGUGCAUUCCCGUGUGGAUGUUCGCACUGCACAAUGAUGGACACUCCUGAAAUGCAGUGGGAACGAAUGACUGGACUGG